CUUAACACAAAUCUCAGCGCGAACAACAACCUCUCCACCUUCUACACACAAUACGUGAGAGCCACGGCUAACAAUGGCCACAGAAAUCACUGCCGACGGCGCAGCCGCCCGCAAGCACUCCGUCCUUGACUCCUCUUUCCCCGUCGUGCUCCCGCAUGACGAGUCGCUCUUCCUACCAGAGGCCGAUUUCCAGACAUUUGUGAAGAAGUUGGUCGACGCUGCUCGCAAUCCGCAUCUGCGCGAGCUCGAAGACGAAAUUGGGGCUAUCGACAAGACGGCAGCCGAGAACAGCACCGGUCUCAAACGGCGCGCUUCUGUAGACGCUGACGAUAAUCGCCCGACGAAGGCUCCUUUCGUUGCCGGCCCGGAUGAAGAUGUAGCUCAUUUCCAGACGGUUGACGAUCUAGCUGCUCAGAACAAAUCGCUCACCGAGAACACCGACGUCACCCACAUUUCUUCGCAGGACCCGCUGAUCGAUCUCUUCUACGACCUUGGCAAUCGCACGGCCAGUUACAAGCUGGAGGCGCUGCUGGAGAAUGCUUGGAAGGAAGAUGCGCUUGUGACCGUCAAAAUCAUCUUCAAUGCGCGAAGCAUCCAUAUCGGCAAGAGCAACAGGGUCGCGGCUUAUAAAGCAUUCGGUUGGUUAGCUGAGAAUCACCCUCUCACUUUGUUGACGAAUUUGAGAUGGCUGGUGCGCCCUGUGGUUGCGGACGAGGCGCUGUUGCCCGACAGAAAGGAUGAUAAGAAGAAGGACAUGGGCAUCGAGACACACGCAGCCAGUGGAGAAGGCAAGGCCAAGGACGAAGACGAAGAUUUCGAAAUGAUCGAGGCUGAUGAGACCGCUCCAAAAGAUCCAGCGAAGGCGUACGACGUUCGCUAUGGCUUGUCCCAUGGCUACUGGAAGGACCUGCUUAACCUUGUGGUCUUUGCUGCUAAUGACCAGCUCAAGUUCGAUGGCGACCCAUCGUCCCUGCUCACUCAGGAGCAAGACAAAUCAAAAACCGCAAAGAAGGAUCGAGUCUGGAGCAAGCAAGAAGCAAGGGUCUUGCGACAGAAAAAGAACAAAGAGCGGCAUGAGCGCGUGAUAGACAAGUUGAGGAACGACGGUUUCUAUCGGGCUUUACACGGUACCGUUGCCCGCUUGUUUGCAGACCAAUUGAAAGAGGACAGCGCCCUUCUCAAGUCCGAGAAGGAGCCAGACUUGACGAAGCUCUCACUGGCGGCAAAGUGGGCUCCGACAUUCGGAGAAUUCCACGACAAGCAUACUUUCAUUCUCUCCUCAAUCGCUGAGAUACUCUUCCCUACUCCGGCGGAGGUGUGCCCCGAUGCCAGCAACCGAGAGUUAUACCUACGUCACGCCCGCGAAGCUUUCCGAAAGAACUAUGCUUCGCCUCUCCGCAAAGCGCUCUCUGUCGUGGAGAGGGAUAUCACCACAGAGAACUUUGCGGAUAUCGAGUACGAGCGAGUGCCGUCUCUGGCGAUGAAACGCUACACGCCCUUGUUCAUGAGGAAGGACUCCGAGCACUUCUCAGACUAUGCAAACCAGGCCGUUAAAGGCAGCGCAAAGAUUCCCGGCGCCACCCCGGAGACCAAGGCCAAGAAAAUUGAUCCGCUGGCGCUCCUGAACAAGGCCGUCAGUCAUAAGGCGUAUGAUAUGUUGGAGGUGGUGGAUUGAGUAUGGGCAAUACGGAUCCGGUGUAUGGAGACUCUCCUACAUCUCCGUGAUGCACUCUCUUUGGCUGGCUUACACAUCAUGGCUUGAAGUGGAAUGUGGGCACACUGGUUUCGAUGAAAUACCUUGAAACAAUGACAGCA